AUAAGGUUAUCCAUGUGGAUUGCUCGGUAUGGAAAAACAUGAGAGCUCUGCAAAAGGCAAUUGCGGAGGAGUUGGAGCUUCCGCAUUCAGUAAUGGCCAUCUUUGAUCGGUGUGAGGAGGACGACGACUUCAGUGGGAUAGAUGAAGGCUCCAAAGGGGUGAUAGCAGAUAUCAGAAGGGAAAUAUUCAGAAAACUUGUUAACAGUAUAUUUGUGGUAGUUUUUCACAACGGGAGCAGAAGGUACAUUGAUUUGUAUGAUUGCGGUGUCCCAAUAACAACAUUUUUGAGUAACAUGAUGUUGUGGACCUGGCACGGGAGGUUUCGGGUCGAUCUCGAUCGAAUACUAGAAGAUGGGGAACAGGGAAAGAUGAAGAGUCAGACAGAUGUUCUCUUAUAUGCUUCUCCGCAACUUGAAGAUGAGGAAAUACGAGAUCUACUGCAUGAAGAGGCUUUGGAGGUUGCCAGGUGUGCGGGCAUUGUUAAGCCCGAUGAUAUAAGCCACAAGAUAGUCAUGGAGUGCCUCAUAUGCAUGACAAAAAUUCCUACGGACUUGAAGACACAUGCACCAAACUAUUGGAUCUGUGAUGGUAUUAUACAGGGCCAAGACAAUGCAUCAGCAUGGGAUAUUGGCAAUUCUCUGCACAGAAACAUGUGCUUGGAUGUUGAGCUAACAUAUAAUGAGGAAACAGCUCCCAUGCUACAGGUGUCGGGUGAUUUACUUGUUAACCGCUAGAAUUUCACCACCCACAAACAACUCCUUAAGGAUAAGACUCAUGUGCUGCCUCCUCAGGUGACAUCAUUCUUCCUUUUUGCACAUGAACCACCAACAAAUAGAACAUCAAUAUUGCCAGUUGGCAUCUUCCAACAUUCACAAAGCAGCAAGCUGCGUGUGUUACAUCUGAAUUGGAACAAGUCACCCCUUUCAUGUUACCCCCAUUGCUUGAGUCAUUUAGCUUCAUCAACAGUGGUGCUACUGCUGCCAAGAUAUCUUGUAUCUCCUUUCGGGGUUGUUCACAGUUGAAGAAUAUACUUCUCAGAGGAAAUUUGGGGCGCCUGGGGGAGCUGGACCUCUCGGACAUGGCAGUGAAAACCCUUGACCUCACAGAAGUGGAAGCACCAAACCUCAAGCGUCUCAUGAUGUUGGGCUGUGAGAACCUCUGUGCAAUAUUAUGGCCAUCGAAAGAUAAAAGGACAUGGGUUUUGGAGAAGUUGCACAUCAGCACCGUCCAAUCUGCAUCAAAUAGCCAGAAUGAUUGGCAAGAGAUGACCAAGGAGGCUAGUGUUGCUGCAGGAUCAUCAUCCAUCCUUGCUUUUGGGGCUUCACCACAAGGCAUCGGUCGAACUGCAUCUUUUGAGUUUAAGUGGUACAUUUCUGUAGUGGACCCAAGGCUCAUGUGGUCGCUUCUUCCCUUUCAACAAUAUAUUGAGAGAAACUAUGUAUACAUGGAGAUUGAUUCAUCUUCUGCAAGUGGAGUUUCUGUUGGUGAUCGCGAAGUUCCUCAAGGCAUCGGGAGCCAGCGGCAGACUGAUCAAUACUUAUAUGCAAGAGAUGUCUUUCAAGAUCACCCGCAAGCUGUCAGUGCUGUUGAAGGUGUGAUCGACUGGAUGUGGCCUUGCCCACGUACUCCUACUCCAUAUCCUCAAUCCUGGUACUUUCACAUGCAAGAUGAAGAGAAGAUGGAGAGAGGAUCGUUACAGCAACAACACAACACUCAGAGGAUUAGAACCAGUGUUGCCUUAGCCCCUGUUUGAUGUGUGAUAAUGCAGGUAUGUUGUAUGUGCAUGAUAGCUCGUCCACCACUUGCAUUCCAUGCUCACAAGGUGCAGAAUGGCGCUGCCUUCAAUGGUGCCGAGUUGAGAGGUGCCCCAAGCUAUGCUCUGUCUUUGCUACUUCCCAACAAAGUGAUGACCAGACCGUCUUUUGGUCUAUGUCUACAUUCUGGGCAUCCCAGCUCCCUAUGGCGUGCUACAUCUGGAACUGGAGUACAACAUCCCAACCAAGCGGAAGAUACUUCAAAAACCUAAUAUUGUUGCACCUGGACUAUUACCCCAGGCUCAUACAUGUACUUCCCUUGUCUGAGCAUAUGUACACCCUGCCUAGCCUGUAGACGCUUGAGAUCGUUUGCUGCGAUGAUCUGAAAGAAGUCUUCCCUUUGGACCCUAAGCGCCAACUGAAGAAGGAGAUUAUAAGAUUUCCCAACCUAAGAAGGAUCCACCUAUACCAGCUCUACACUCUAAUGUGUAAUGUCAAGACACACCAAUGUGUCUAAUUUGGGCACACUGUACUAAACAAUACAAUGAAUAUGGCUGUCAUCUUGGCCAUUUGACUU